AUGUCGCAAGAGCCACUCUUAGUUGGAGCCGUUACCCUCUCCCCAGAUACGAAUGGAUCAGCUCUCAUACAAGCUACUCAACAAUUCCGCGAUCGGUUGACAGAGACACAAGUUCUCCAGUUCGAGACAGCUACAUACGAAAAGCUCUGCAGGGAGUUGAUUAGGGUCCAACAGGAGCAGGAGCGCCGAAAUGAGAUGAUGAAUCUUGCGCGCAUCAAAUCUUGUAUCGAAGGCUUUUACCAGCUUUGCGAGGUUAUAGCGAGAUUCAUCAAUGUUCCUGAUGCCUUCGUCUUCGUUUGGGGUCCAAUGGAAUUCCUCUUGCUGUACCGUCUUUAUAAAGAAGAUGUGACCGAGCUCCAGGUGAAGUUGGACGAGAAUGUUAAUCGAGAGAAGACCAAGAAGCUGAUGGUCGUCAAAGAAUGGCUAGCUGUUGGGGAGCAAUCUCAGCUCGACCACGAGAGCUUCUGCAAGAUACGAAGAGAGUGCGCAACCACUGCCAGAUGGAUAACACAGCACGAUAUCAUGAAACAUUGGAUACACUCUGAUAUUCCGAACAGCUCUGUUGUGUGGAUGUAUGGGAUACCAGGAGCCGGCAAAACCAUACUAGCAUCCGCUAUCAUUGAAGAGUGCAAGACUAGACGAGACUUUAUCACCUGCUUCUUCUACUGCCAUGAUGGCGACCCGACAAGUAGCACCGCAGUCGGUAUACUUAAGGGCCUCGAGGACCAAUUGUUGGAUCAUUGCCCGCAGAUGCUGCCUCCCUGUUACACGAGGCGUAGUACGAGCGGAGAGCCGUCCCUCAAGUCUCUCAAUCAGACGAAGGGGCUCUUCGAAGAUUUUUGCUUGACUAUUCCCAAACUCUUUAUCAUCAUUGAUGGGCUGGACGAGUGCGAAAGGGUGGAGAGAAGUCAAGUGCUAGAGAUCUUGACCAAAGUCAUAGGGCAGCGCGAUGUGCUUGAUCCAGGCACCAUUCGCCUUCUGAUCGCGAGUCAAGACCAUGCAGACAUACGAAGAGGACUCCAUAGUUCCGCGAUCACCAAAAUAGCGCCUAAGAUGCUGCAAAUCUCGGAAACGGACAACGAAGGCGACAUCAAGGCUUACACCAAGAUCUGGGUGGAUCGGAUCGAGACAAAGUUUCCAUCAUUCACUCAAGACAUGAAGGAAUACCUCCGCAACCUUACCGUGGCUAACGCAAAAGGCAUGUUUCUCUAUGCCAAAAUGGUUUUGCUCGACCUUUAUGCGUGCACGACGCUAGGGGAGCUUUUUGACUCUAUCAAGACGGACAACUUUCCUGCCGGACUCGGCGAGGGAGUGGCCGUUGACUGUCAGGCAGAUAUGAGCGGACAUUACGACGAGUCAAAACAAGGUCUGGUAGAGAAUGGCCUAAAGUACAUCACCAGGAUCACGAAAGACGUUCAUGAGCCAUCCAUUGAGUGCGAGUUGGCGACGCUGUGUCUACAAUACCUCACCUUUCCCUGCUUCGAUGUCGAUGACUCGGAUGAUCAAGUGCAACGCCGACGAUAUGUAUUGGACGGAUCGAUUGCCUUUCAAGAUUACGCCACCGCGAAAUGGUUCCACCAUGUCGACGCUUGGGUAGGCCAAGGCGAGAGAUUCCUCGACGAGGCAAACGACGUGGCAGGACAGCUGCAAAGCAUCCUCAAAGCCAUGGAUGAUUUCAUGACGCGCUAUGGCGACGUGGACUGGGCCAACGGCUUGGUGGACGACUGUAAGGCCAAGUGCAGGGUAUUUGAGCAUCUCGACCUCCACGAUCAUCUAGUGGGGCUCACUAGCCACAUCUACACGUUCCAGCAGAAAGGCUUCGAUGCACAACACAAGAUCAGCAUCGGAGACCUCUCGAAAGCGUUGGAUCGGAAUCGAAAGGCUCUCGAGAUGUUUCCCAAGACCAAGCCUAGCCCGACGGCACACGAGAAGGAGACAUACAACAGAUUCUACGACGAGGAAUCGCGGUUCAAAUGCACGAGGAUCACAUGCCGAUAUUUCUCGGAGGGUUUCAAGGACGCCAAGGCUCGCGACCGACAUGUCAACAUCCACGAAAGACCGUUCCAGUGCGAGGUACCAGACUGCCUGGGCGCUGAAGGAGAGUCACAAACGAACAUUUCAUCCCGAGAUGAGUGA